AUGAGUCCAUUCUUGACCAAUAUUGGACAGUGUGUUCCCAGACUCGAAGACUAUGACAUUGACCCAGUCAAUGGGUUUCUCUCCUCCCCUCCUUUGAAGCGGCUUCCUGCCUUGUUUCAUCCAUGGGAACAUAUUAUGGACCAUUUACACCAACUAAUGAUUUCGAGUAGUCUUCGCUCAUGGGUUUUACGGUUACCACUGUUGGAUGUCAACCAGUUAGAAACCAAGCGCGAAUGGCAACGAGCACAUUUGGUUUUGACAUUUAUUGCUCAUUCGUAUAUCAUUGGUCUUCCUAAAAUCGACAAGGUUGAAUCUGUUCUUCCGGAAAGUGUGGCAGUUCCUUGGAUAACUGUUUCCAAAAAACUUCUUGUCAAACCAGUCAUGUCGUACUAUGCAGUUGAGCUGUCCAACUGGUACAAACUAGAUUCAGAUGGCCCACUAGACUUGAGCAACAUUGCUAUAUCUCAUACAUUCACCGGAACAGUUGAUGAAGCAUGGUUUUACUUGGUGCCAUUGGCGAUUGAAGCGGCAGGAGCACCGGCCAUUAAAGGAUUAGUAGAUGCCCAGCAGGCUAUUUUAGAUAAAGAUCACACUGCUCUAGUUUCCGCAUUGUAUACAAUUUCAAAUGCUACCGAGGGUUUAACCGCUCUUCUGAAACGCAUGUAUGAAAAGUGCGAUGCGGAUAUAUUCUUUAAUCGAUUUCGUCAUUAUUCUAGAGGCUCGAAAAACUCACAAGAUGUUCCUAAUGGGGUGUUUUAUCAAGGGGUUACUGAGAUGGACGAGUUUGUCAACUUGGAAACUCCCAACCCCAAAGGCUUGAUUGGAACCUGGAGAAAGUAUGCUGGCGCUAGUGCUGGUCAAAGCCCGUUAAUCCAUACACUCGAUGUUGGACUCGACAUUCACCAUGUACCUAUGCAUGGCACUUUAAAUGAAUCCAAUCCAUCAUUUUCUACUGAUUCUAAAAGCAGUCUUCCAGCUAGAUUUCCAUCCAAGCCACACUAUGUCAAUCCAAUGCUUGAGAUGCGAGAAUCACUCUCACAAGAUCAUCAAAACUUCCUACGCGCUCUUGGCAACGGCCCUUCUAUUCGUGCACACAUAGCGUCACUUUCUGGAGACGACAAUACAGCUGUUGUGCAAUUCAAUCGAGCAGUCGAUAAUAUCAAGCAAUUUAGAGACGCGCACAUCAGUCUUACUGCCAUGUACAUUGUUCUGCAAGCCAAAAAGGCAGCCGCAGCUGCAGGCGAGAGCUCAUCAAGGGUUUGCGUAGGAACAGGUGGAACAGAUUUGGUUCCAUUUCUAAAGCAGACAAGAGAUGAAACUGUGAAUGCUCUUAUUUUGCUUCCGUAA